AUGCAAGUUAUUAGAAAUAAAAACUUUGGUACAAGCCUUAAGUUCAAUUUCGAAGAUCAAAUAAAGCAACAAUUUACAUUAAAUGAUAAUGUUACUAUCAAUAAACUAAGGUUUACAGUAAAUAAUUCAUGCUUUCGAAUUGUAUACCAAUCUAAAAAAAAUGAUGAAGUAAGCUGUCAAACAGCUAUAGUUCGGGCUAUUGAUUAUAAUAGAAUAUCAAGAGCUUCAUAUCGAGCUUUAGCAGCUAUAUGUCAAGACUUACCACAUGAAAAAACUAUUUAUAAAAGACUAUAUCAAAUAAAUAAUCUUAUGAAUAAAAGUAUUCCGAUUUCUUUAAUUGAUUUGAAUUUGGAUUUAUUACCUGAAGACCAACUAGAUAGUAAGCUUGAUGUACAUAUUAUAAAUUUAGAAAUUAUAGAAGAGGUUGAAAAUUCAUUAGGAAAAGGA